AUGAAGCGAGCUGUUUUGACCUCUUACGCACGGUUUCUCCACAGAUGUCGCUCGUACGAGGACUGUUGUGGGACUCGCUGCUGCGUCCGAGCACUUUCCAUCCAGAGACUCUGGUAUUUCUGGCUGCUGCUGAUGAUGGGUGUGCUGUUCUGCUGCGGCGCAGGCUUCUUCAUUCGCCGGAGGAUGUAUCUGUCUGCGCUCAGCGAGGAGCCCGCAUUCAACGUGUCCUUCACCAGACAACCGGUCAGCUCGCCAGUCUCCCAGCAACCGGGCAUGCAAGGCUACGGUGACCCCUGCGGCGUCAUGACGACGACCCUGACUCCUGCCUACCCAGGUCAGCCGACUCCAGCACACAUGCUGAGCUCGUACCCUCCACCGCCCUCCUACUGCAGCCACCCGCCUCCCUCCUACGAGCAGGUCUUCAAGAACGCCGAGAAGAAGAGCCACAGCCAAUCCUCACAAUGAGACACCACCGUCUCCAGGAACUUUCCUUUUUAUUUGCUUGUUUUCAGGACGCCUCUUUCUUGCCUGUUCCCAGUCUGUUGUUUUAUCGUUUGACAGGCGAAGAGAACAAGUGUCCUGAUGGGAUGCGGGAUUUCAAACGGACUUCUCUACCUGACAGAGCUUUGAAGAAACUGUCAGGACAUGAAGCACAGAAGAUACUGAGAGUUUCCCCUUUCUUUAAAAAGCGGCUCGACGGGCUGAAAUGGACCUCGACAAGGUGGAAGCAACCCAUUGACUUUCUGGAGAACAGGGUGAGAUGCUGUAGAAAACACAUGACAUCCAUCCAGUCGCUCGUCCAUCAGAAUCCUAACAGACAGCGAUUCUGAUCUCAGAUCAUGCGUUUUAUCAUAUUGCAGCCAGUGAAUAUCAUGCAAUAUUGAUGAGCCUCCCAAACACCACUGAAUCAAAAUUAAAAAGUGGUGGAAACGGCUUCCAUACAAACAGGAAAUUGUCCUUUUGUUCCAAUCCCAGUGUUUGAAUGGGUCAGGAAACUCUUCUAUGGGUAUUCAUUUGAAAUAGAUGAUGAUCUCUCAUGGAGUGAGUCUAUUGAAGCCAUGUUCACCAUUCACAGCCAGCGAUAGGGAGAUUUAUUCACAUCUUUUCCUCUUCAUUACACCCAUAGAGCCCUGUUUUUGUGGAUGGGUCGGAAAACUGCAAAAGCUCGUUUUGGGUUAAAUGUCUCGUUUCGUUGGAGUUCACUCCCGAUAACGGCCCUCUGUGCAAAUGAAUUAUUGGACUACAAUUACCAUUAAAAUAUGUGCAGAUGAACAAGAAGGAUUCACCCCCGAUGAGUAAUACAGUGUUAUUUGGAGGGAGUGAUUCUAAUUAGUUUCAGGCCUCUUCGUUAGCAUGGAAAAGGAUUAAAUGUGAAGCAAACAGCUGCAUUUGCAAUGCCAUCACUGGUUAAACUUUUUGCUUGCUAAAUCAUUGUUUUACACUAAGAAUGCAGCAAAUUAUCGUCACAUUUAAACCAUGAAUUAAAUUAAAU